AUGGUUUCCCUCAAGAUCAUUUCAGUCACGGGCAGCUUGCUACUGGCUAACCUUGCCACUGCCCAUCCUGGCGAAAAACAUGACCACGAGCACAUCAAGAGACAGAUCCAGGCACGAGAUACUGUCGCCAAUAUUGGUCAGAGAUCAUUGAACGCAUGCUCUGGUUCCACGCAUGCGAACGCCUUGAAGGCUCGGUCCAUUUCACGUCGUGCCCGAAAGGUUCAAGAGCUCCGAGAGAGACUUGGUGUCAAGACAACUCCCAGAAAGCACCGCCGAGAUGAAGACGAUAUUGUUGCUUGGGAGGCAAUUAACCACAACAAAACCGGUAUUUCGAAGAACAAUAUGUUCACACCCCUCGAAACAGUCUUUGGCGCCAACUCCAGUUGUAUCCUAUCCCCUGAGAUCACUGCCGGCCCUUACUAUAUCGUCGGCGAGUAUUUGCGAUCCAAUGUUAUCGAAACGGAACACUGUGAUGGAGUUCCCUUGUUCCUAGAGGUUCAAUACGUUGACGUAUCUACCUGUGGAGGAGUCCCCAGUUUGGCUACUGAUGUCUGGAACUGCAAUGCUACGGGUGUUUACUCUGGCGUGAGCUCCCAGGCUGGCCUCAACACUACCUUCCUCCGUGGCAUCCAGAUCAGUGACCAUGAUGGUGUGGUCCAGUUUGAGACCAUCUUCCCUGGACACUACGAAGGCCGGGCCACACACACCCACCUUCUUACCCACGCCAAUACAUCGGUUUCAUCUAAUGGCACCGUUCAAGUCUGGAACAGCCCAGUCUCCCACAUCGGACAGCUCUUCUGGCCUGAAGAUCUGCGAGAAGAGGUCGAGGCUCUUGCACCCUACAACACCAAUACUGUCGAAGUUACAACCAACGAAGAGGAUAUGUGGUCGAUUCUCCAGGCGGACGAAUCUUAUGAUCCUUUUCCUCAGUAUGUCUAUCUUGGCGAUACAGUUGAUCAGGGUAUUUUUGCCUGGAUUCAAAUUGGUAUCAAUACUACCGCAGACCAUGCUUCAGAUGAGUACUAUGGCGUUGCUGGAUAUCUAGAUAGCAAGGGUGGCCAUGCUUUGGAUAGCGGCAUUGGCGGUGGCGGUGGCGGUGGCCAAGGAGGUGGACCUCCUGGUGGUAGUGGAACUCCCCCUUCGGGACAACCUACUCCUACACCUUCGUCCUAA